AUGGAGAACUCGAAUGAGGUUGCCCGUGUCCUUUCAUCUGUCCCUGACAACGAGAAGAACGUGUUGUUGUGGAAUCGGAGACUCCUGGGCAGACUUAUCCCCUUCAGAGCAUUCGGGGACUUUCAAUUCAAAUGGUCUCGGGAUAUUCUUCUGCACGUGCAGAAACAUUUGUCUUCGGAGGGAAAUGUGGAUAUUCUCCUCCCAUCUUUCUACAAAUCUCAGCCCUACGUCGUGGCCUUCCCCGAAGUCAUCACCCACACCCUCACUUCGGAUGACCUGUGUUUGUUACUGACCACUGACGGGCUCCUCGAUUUCCUGGAGAUUGACGUGGUGGCUGAUUUGGUGGGCCGACAGUUGACUGGUCGGGAGAAAUGUGGGAAUUUGGUCACUCAUAUAAUCGCAAGUGCACUGCAGGGAUUACGUGAUGAUUCCCGUCUACUAAAAGAGUAUUUGAGACUGCCAUCAAAGAUCUCACGUCGAUAUCGUGAUGACAUGACUGCAGUGGUCGUGUCUUUUGUGUGA